AUGAGAAAUAUCAGUUGUAUGUUAUUUACGUCUUUCUUUCAAACGUAAUCACCGAAUGAAGAUUGCUUCAUAGAAGCGGUAAGUAUUUCCUCUUAAAACACACGUACGCACACAAAUGCGAAGCAGUUUCAUCCGCGUGGAUCCACGGUUGCUUCAGACGGGUAAUCCCAGAUUGAUAAGUAGUGAAUAAAUAAGCGAUUCGCCACCUUUUUCGGAUUUACUUUCGUUAUUAUGAAGACUAUGACAAUUGGAUUUAUUUUAAUAAUUGCAUGUGCAAUAGAAUAUGGAUACGGGCAAAAUAAGUUGUGUGGCUUGGACAAAUUUCAGUGUAAAAAUGAACAUUGCAUAGCAAGUGAAUUGUUAUGCGAUGGGCGAGCAGAUUGUGAAGAUGGGUCUGAUGAAACACGUGAAGAAUGUAGUAAACCAGGAAUAACAUGUCCUGGUUAUGCAUUUCGAUGUGCAUAUGGUGCAUGUGUAGAUGGAGAUAAGACUUGCAAUGGAGUGAAAGACUGUAUCGAUAAUAGUGAUGAAACAAUAUCUAGGUGUAGAGGUAGCCAGCAUAAUUCAUCCACAACAUGUUCAACAGAUGAGUUCAAAUGUAGUAAUGGAGAAUGCAUUUCUGCAAGUAAUUUAUGUGAUGGUACUCCUGAUUGUGCAGAUAAAUCAGAUGAAACAUUUAUUCAGUGUGGGUCCAUUGCCUGCUCACAGUUACUCUUUCGUUGUCACUAUGGUGCCUGUAUCGAUGGUAAUUUAAAGUGUAAUGGAGUCAUAAAUUGUGCAGAUAGUUCCGAUGAAAAUCCGGAAUUAUGUGGAAGUGUUACAGAAAAAUCGCCAGACACUGACACAUCUCCUUGGAUUCCCUUACCUACAAGAGAAUUUUGUAAUGCACCACCACAGCCACAAAAUGGUUACAGAAAAUUGCAUAAAUCACAAUGUUCUAUUCAAGAGAAUUGUGAUAUUGAGGAAGGUACUGAAUUACAACCAGGUGCAUAUUUAGUUUACACCUGUAGAAAAGGUUAUAAAAUCAAAGGCUCACCUGAUGUAGUUUGUGGUGUGGGAGGCAAAUGGUUGAAUAUUCCGAUUUGUGAAGAAAUACGUUGUAAAUCUUUAUUGUCAACUUCGGUAACCGCUUGGUGUAAAUACGAUGAUCAAGAAGUAUCAUGCGACUCUGCUUUGCCUCGUACACAGGGAGAAAUGUCUUGUAGGAAUAGUUAUCGCCCGGAUAUAACGUCCCCUUUACAUUUAACAGUUAGAUGUAACGAAAAUGGACAAUGGGAACCAGAGCCGAUGCGAUGUAUCCCAGAAUGCGGUAUUACACAUCCAAAUGCUACGCCUCUUAUCGUAAAUGGAACUAGACCUAAUAUCACCGAGUUUCCAUGGCAUGCCACAAUUUACAGAGCAGAAGCACCUGACGCGAUUAAAGAAUUUAUUUGUGGUGCAACUAUUAUUCACGAGAAACUUUUAGUAACUGCAGCGCAUUGCGUAUUCAUCGAACGCACUAAGACAUUAGAUGACCCGUCAAAGUAUUACAUAUUAACGGGAAACAUUUAUAAAGAUUACGAUUCCAUUCUUCACAAUCCAUUGACUGUGAAAAGGGCUAAGGUAAAAAAUAUAUACAUCGUGUGUAACUAUUUGGGAUUAGAGGGAAACUAUGCUGGCGACAUAGCUAUAUUAGAAAUUACGAAACCAUUUGUAUUUUCAUCUUUACUGUUACCGAUAUGUUUGGACAUUUACCAUCAAGUCGAAUUAGAAGUUGGAACUUUGGGAAAAGUAGCAGGAUUUGGCAAAACUCAAUUUGGAACGUAUAGUUCUAUUUUGCAAUCCCUUACAGUGCCGUACAUCCCUUUGAAUCAAUGCUUAUCGUCAAGCGAUCCUUUCGAAACUAAACGAUAUGUUACGAUUGAUAAAUUUUGCGCUGGAUACACGAAUGGAUCGUCGGUAUGUGAUGGCGAUAGCGGCGGCGGAUUAGUUGUUCAAAGUGGAAAUCUAUGGUAUUUGAAAGGUAUUGUUAGUGUUAGCCUUGGCGUGAAAGUAACAGGAGCAGGUAGAACUUGUGACAGUACUACAUAUUCUCUAUAUACGAUAGUGUCCCGUCAUAUGACAUGGAUACAAGACGUUAUCCUUAGAUUACAAAUAAAUAAAUCAUUUCCUUCAUGUUUUACAGUACCAUAAUUUAUAUAGGCAUAUUU